UAUGACGUCGGCGGCAAGCCACAUUGCCGCGAAAUGUCAAAACGCGCGUGAAACCGUGCACUGGGUUAUCCUUGUACUGUUUAUAUGGACUUUAAUACAGACUGAACGGUGACUUAGUGCACGCGCAACACCUUCAAACUGGAUAAAGUGCUGCUUGUUUGCUCGUCAGGUCAGCUAGCCUCGGUUUCAACUUGUUUGUUUAUUUCCUGAAAGGAAAAAUGAUAAAAGGUGAGUUUAAAGGCAGGGACGAGGAGCUGCUGGUCCUUCCUGAGAAGCUGGAGAAGAGGCUGCUGCCAUUUCAGCGCCAUGGAGUUAAAUUCGCUCUAUCCCGAGCUGGAAGGUGUUUGAUUGCCGAUGAGAUGGGGCUUGGCAAGACGGUGCAGGCCAUCUCGGUGGCGUACCUCUACAGACACGAGUGGCCCCUGCUGAUCGUGGUGCCGUCGUCGCUGAAGUACCCGUGGAUCGAGGAGCUGGAGCGCUGGCUUCCCGAACUCCGUCCUGACGACAUCAACCUGGUGGAGAGCAAAGCUGAUAUCAUGGGGAUCAGCCAGAGCAAGGUGACAGUUCUGGGCUACGGGUUGCUCACCAAUGAUGCACAGUCCCUAGUGGAGACACUGAAAAAACAACGCUUCGGUGUCGUCAUAGUGGACGAGUCGCACUACCUGAAGUCCCGGAACGCAGCGAGGACAAAGAUCCUGGUCCCGGUGAUCCAAAACGCCAAACGUGCAAUCCUGCUGACAGGAACUCCAGCGCUCGGCAGACCAGAAGAGCUAUUCAUGCAGAUCGACGCUCUGUAUCCGAGGCGCUUCGGCACAUGGAGCGACUACGCCAAGAAAUACUGCAACGCUCACUACAGAUUCUUCGGGAGCAGGCGUCAGUGGGAUUGCCGUGGAGCAUCUCAUCUGGACGAGCUGCACCAGAGGCUCAGCGAGAUCAUGAUCCGCAGACUUAAAGCCGAAGUGCUCACACAGCUGCCGGCCAAAAUCCGUCAGAGAAUCCCUUUCGACCUGCCAAAAGACGCGGCCAAGGAAGCCAGCUCCAGUCUGGAGAAGUGGGAGUGUUUAAUGCGCUCUCUGGACUCUGGUCAGUCGGACACUGAGAACCCGUUUACAGAAGUGAUGGGUCUCAUCACGCAGAUGUACAAACAGACUGCAGUAGCCAAGGCAGGAGCUGUGAAGGACUACAUAAAGAUGAUGUUGGAGACAGAGCAGCUGAAGUUUCUGGUCUUUGCGCAUCACCUCAGCAUGCUGCAGGCGUGUACCGAGGCUGCGAUUGAGGCCAAGGCCGGUUAUAUCCGGAUCGAUGGCAGCGUUCCUUCCGCAGAGAGGAUCCAGCUGGUCCACCGCUUCCAGAAUGAUCCAGAGACACGGGUGGCUAUUCUGAGCAUACAGGCGGCGGGACAGGGUCUGACCUUGACAGCGGCGUCUCACGUGGUGUUUGCCGAGCUCUACUGGAACCCAGGUCACGUGAAGCAGGCGGAGGACCGAGCGCAUCGCAUUGGCCAAACCUCAUCCGUACACGUUCACUACCUCAUCGCCAAGGGCACGUUCGAUAUGGUCAUGUGGGCCAUGCUGAACAGGAAGGAAACAGUAACAGGCAGCACUCUGAACGGAAGGAAGGAUUAUCUGAAAGCGGAGGAGGCGGAUAAGGAGAAAUGGGAUUUUCUGAACUUCGCUCAGGCUUGGACACCGAGCGACAGCAUCACCGGCGAUGCCGAGGAUUUGAAAGAUGGUGUCUUGUUCUCACAUUUUGAGAAAGACAAACAGCACGACAUCCGCAACUUUUUUUCUCCCGUCUCGGACAAAAAGAGGAAGAGAACAGACGACGACUCCUCCGUCACCGGCUCUCCUCAAAAACCUUCACAAGACCAGCAGGGAACCAAUCAAAGCCCCGGUAGCCGCAGCCCUGAUAUAGCCAAUCAGGAGGAGGAUUUCAGUCCCCAGGUGAAACGUUUGAAACAGGCUACUCCAUUGUCUCGCCGCGGGGGGAAAAGAAGUCCCAUGAUGCCUCUCGGUGCACCACACAGUCUCUCGGCAGGACCGCAAACCCCCCGCCACAGCCAGAAGUGGAGCUGCCCACUCUGUACAUUCUCCAACAGUGGCCUGCUGCUGCGCUGCGAAAUGUGCGAGACGCCGCGAGCUCAGAGAGCUCACAGUCCUCCUGCGUCUCCCUCCCCUCCCACCUCUCUCUCCGUCUCCAGCCCCUGCAUCACUCUUUCAGACACAGAAGAAGACAACAGCACCCCCAAAAGACCGCAAUCUCCUCUCGUCACGCAGAGCCGAACCCAAAAGACGUCAGGAACGGGAGCUCCUCCACACGCUCCUUCUGACGCUAAUGACAGCCGUGAGUCAGAGCCGGGAGAUGACUCUCUGCCUGUGUAUGACAGCCUGAAGUUCUGCGCCAGCAAAAAUACUGAUAGGAUCUACAUUUACAACAAGGAUGGUCACCCACUCAACUGCAACUUUGUUCCUCUGGAUAUCAGACUACAGAAUUGGGAAGAAUUACCUCCGGAAUUCAGCCGCACUGAGAACCAGAGACACUUGGUGCGGUUUGUGCGCGAGUGGAGCUUUCUGACAGCGAUGAAGCAAAGGAUAGUGAGGAAGAGUGGCAAAGUCUUUCAAAGCCCGAUUAUGCUCGUGGAUGAGCUCACACACACACAGCGUCGACACAGUAGCACCAAAAGGUAUCUCUCUAAGCAGGAAGUGGCUCAGGCGUCCCUGAGUGCAGCCCAGAAACAGGGAGGAACUGUCCGCUCCAUCAGCAAGGACAACUCUUCCUCAUUGAAGAGAUCUUUUAUGAAGCCACCCAGUCAAGCUGAUAAGGAAUCAGAAGCAGAGGCAGGAUAUUUGCAAGCUCUGGACCCUGGAGGAACGCCACUGUGUUUGUCUUGCCAGAAGCCCAGUGUAGAACACUCGGGCUGGGCAGGCGGAUUCUGCAGUGCCAGCUGCAUGGAGGAGCUUCAGCUGCGCUCCAGCCGAGGCUAUGCUCGCUCCCGCGUGCUCGAGACGGAGCAGGGUGUCUGUCAGAGCUGUGGCCUUAACGCGCGCCAGCUGUAUCUGCGUGUCCGAGAUGCACCACACACCCACCGCAAAGAGAUACUGGACAACACAUGGCUGUCACAGCUGCCUCUCAAACAGCUGAACGAAAUGAUCCUUCACCCAGUAGAGGGCCACUUCUGGCAGGUGGACCACAUCAAGCCGGUGUACAGUGGAGGAGGACAGUGCCUUCUGGACAACCUGCAGACUCUCUGCACCGUCUGCCACCGCAUGAGAACGGCGCAGCAGGCCAAAGAGCGGAGCCAGGUGAAGAAAGGCGAAGCAGCGUCCAGACUAUCCUCAGACAUCACCAGAUUCUUCAUGAAGAAAUGAGACUGAACUUCUACCACCAUGGUUCACUCACACACCGCUCCACGAGACGAGUUAGCGGCUCGGAAUCAACCUCCGCGUCUCCCGCCACAGAGGGUUGCACCACCUCCAUCCUGGAAGAACAUUAAAUCCAGUUUUGUGUUUUUAUUGGGAAGCUGUUAUUAUGUUUUCAGUGCUUUCACAUCAUAUAAAACAGUGGUUGGUUGGAGCAAUUACUAUCUUAAGCCCAAUAAAGGAACAUUAAGCUUUAUAGUCAAGGCUCCAAAUGGGUUCAGACUAAACGCUGUGUGUGUGUGUGUGUGUGUGUGUGUGUGUGUGUGUGUGUGUGUGUGAGAGAGAAUAAUUCUCUGUACCAGCAGCACUGGCUGUAGUUUUGGUUAUAACUUUUACAUUAAUGCAGUCACACUGAUACAUUACUGUUUCUAUAGUAAUGGCUAACAUGGAGACACAUUUAAUAUUCUUGGAAGGAGUCUCCAGUGUCAAAUAACUACAUUUUCUGCCCCAGGGACGUUUUUAGGUCUUUGUAUUUUGUUUAUACAUGCUCAAGCAAUAAAGCAACAGCUUGUUUCAACGAUCUACAGCAUAUCCGUAUCGAAAUAGUAGCUCAAAUGGGGGCAGUGGUGGCUCAAAUUGGACAGUGGUGGCUCAGGUGGGGGGCAGUGGUGGCACAGGUGGUUGAGGCUCUGGGUUGUUGAUCGUAGGAUCGGGGUUCAAGCUUGAGCAAGGCCCUUAACCCUCCAUGCUCCAGGGGCACAGUUUCCCCUCCGCUUUGAUCCAAACUUCCUCAGCUAGGACAGGUGAAGAAAAGAAUUCCACUGUGCUGUAAUAUGUGUGGCAAUAAUAAAUGCUUCAUGCCCUCAGUCCUCCUUUUUCUUUAAAAACUACUACCCUUGCAAUUUUUCUUUUUUUUUUUUUUACAAAUACAAAAACACCCUGCAUUGUAAAUGUAAUAAAUACAAUAAAAUCAGUCCAAAAUAAAUCCGAUUCCAAUCUUU